AUUCAAAUUCAAGCGUGGGGACAACUUCAGGCACACGCGUAAAUGAGUGGGAAAGCAACACAAAAUCAAAGUGUUGUACUUCCCUCAACACCACAUCAAUGGCAUUCUUGAAUCGGUCAAGAUGACAUCAAGUGCGAUGACAGCAAGAAGAGCACAAGAUGAUGAGCCAUCAACAGAUUCUAAUUCAGAAUUACUCACAGAACAUUUCGGUUUCAAUCCUCGUGUAUUUGUUGAUGCAUUGGUAUACGCUGCAAAUGAACAUCUUUAUUCGAUCGGAGGUCAAUUCGAAGAAUUUGCCAAGAAGCAGCUCAAAGCAAGUGUAAAGAAAGCGAUCAAAAAGGAAAAAGAAGCAAAGAGUGAUGCAAGUAAACGGGAAAAGGGUUCCUCGACCAAUUCCACUUUAGCAAAAAUGACUGCAACUCAAAUUGAUGCAGCGGCUGAAAGAGGUGUUCAUGGCGUUUUGACAUUGAUGGAGAAUGCAUUGGAUCAUGUGUUUGAUUCUUUGGAGCUUUAUUGCUUAAAGACUGUGUUUGGUAUCAAGCCUAGCCAAGCGCAGGCUAUCACGCUGAAGCAUCAUCGAGAUCUUGACCUGCGUACAGCAGAAGAAAGGGUAGCAGAGGGAGAUGCAUUGUCGGCACAAGAAGAAUGCAUGGAGUUAGAGAGAAGAGAGACGGAAAUGCAACAAAAGCUGGAGAAGGCGAGGAAGACCAGGCACGCCCUCCGUAUAGCGAAUCUGGUAGCCGAUCAAAAUUUGGCUCGAACAAACAAGGUUGCUGAUACAUUUGCAUUUAUGAUCGAUGACUCUGGAGUGGCACUUGAUACAAGUACACCACAACUGGCCAAAAAGCUUCGAUAUGACGCACAAGGUCUUAUGGACGCUCUCGACCAUCUAUCAAGCACCAAUCCCCUGGGACCAAGCCUGAUCAAUGCAGACAGAGCAGGAACGAUGAACGACAGGGAGAAGAAAGCGGUGAUAGAUGCUAGCGGUGCUUCAGAGAAGGACAAAAGCGCAUGGGAGCGCGGAAGAGAAGCAUACAUUAAUUGGGAGAUGGAUCGUAUCAUCAAAUUAGUUCAAACGAGAGGCAAUGAGAAUCCAGAUCAUACCGUUGCUUCUUUCUUCUUCGCUUCUCCCUCCAAAGAUGCUUCUAUGUACGCAACCGCUGGACCGAAAAGACGACGAACAACGUACACAAGUGGUGUACACGAUCAGACUGAAGCAGGCGACAAUACACGAAUUGGUGAGGUAGAAGACGUAGAGAACCUCGCAGAUAUCGUAUCAAAGUAGAUGAGUGUACUAUAUCCAUAACAUACCCAGAUGUAUUAUUACAUGGUUGGUUAGAAAGCCAAUGUUG